AUGGCGGCCACCGUCACUACGCUCGGUCCCAAGGGUCUCCCCGAGAAACUUCGCGCGAUCCAAGGCUCCAUCCCCCAGCCCAUGCUGGGCUGGCUCCGCGAAACUCCCGCAGACACGCCACUAGAGGAGAUCCGCCGCCGCUUAUUCGAGGACGAGUACGUCUUUGUGAAGGGCCUCCUGCCUCGUGACGAUGUGCUCAGGACGCGCGAGCAUUACUUCUCCCAAUUCGAGUCUCUGGGAUUGUUGAAGCCGGGUACCGAACCCGUCGAGGGCAGCUACAACCCAGCGGAAGAUCCAGCACUGCACAACGGCAUCGGCGGUGGAGAGCCUGCAGGGAGUGAUGAACUGCAGCGGCUUGUCGAAGCCCACGUUCAGCAGCCGUACUUGGACUUCGUCGCCCAUCCAAAGUUGCGUGGGAUGGUCCGCGAUCUCAUGCAAUGGGACGAGGAAGUCCUGGUCAAGAGGACCAUGCUGCGUCACAACAUCCCCGGCGGGCAAAGCACCGGUGUGCAUUAUGACAAGCUCUUCCUGCGAGGUGGGGAUGCCUUCUUCCUCACAGCAUGGGUACCGAUCGGAGACAUCACGCAUCAGGGCGGUGGGCUGGUUUAUCUGGAGGAGAGCACGGGGCUAGGGAAAGCCAUUGAGGACGACUUCUAUGCCCGUGCCCAGAACUUCACCCUCGAGGAGAAGAUCUCGGCGUUCAAUCGCAACAUGACCGCUACUGGCGUCCUGUCGAUGGACCCAAUGGUGUUUCAGCGGGACAAUGAGCAUUUAUCCAAAAAGGCGAGGCUCCGCUGGCUCGUGGCGGACUACGAGGCUGGUGACGUGGUCUUCCAUCUACCAUACACCAUUCACACCGCUGCUGCCAAUGACGAUUCUGGUGGCCGCAUCCGGCUGAGCACCGACUUGCGGUUCUACAGCAAGAAGGAUGUCGAUGCGGGGUCUACUGACGAGAGGUGGAACAAGUUCUGGACACCUGGUGACGGGCUCUAG